UCGAGACUUCUCCAUAAUGAGAGAAAAAAAAAAGAAAAAUCCGAACAGUAUGUCUUCCCAAAUCUUUCAUUCUCUGUUUUGAUAAGACAAAACUUCUGAAAGAUUUUAUUCAUGAAUUCAUCGAGUUGUCCCUUCUGCGAUCAAAUUGUUCCAUCCGAAGAACUUCAGCGGCAUGCCAAUGGUCACUUUGAGGAUGAAGACAGUGACGAUAAACAGCAGCAACUCGCCAGGGACUUCGAGUUUGCCCAACAAAUGGCUCUUUCGUCCCCUUCUUGUGACAAUAGUAAUCAAGUAACCGUGGAUAUGCCAUACGAGAUGAACUAUGAGGAAUCUUUUGGUACCAGAAAGUUAAGAUGUGAUGUGGGGAGUGUGGUGAAGGAUGAGUUGGAUGUUAGUGAAAAGAUCUCUUGCCUGAUUGGUUUACAGGAUAGGAGUUCCUUUUAUAAGGUGGAAGGUGGUCUGAUUUCUUUAUUGAGAAACUGUUUAGAAUUGGAAUCGGGUGACUCGACUAGUAUUUUGUCAGGGUAUGUUGACCAUUAUCAGAGUAUCGAAUCUGAGGAUCUUGGGUGGGGCUGUGGAUGGCGGAACAUUCAAAUGCUCUGCUCUCAUUUGAUUGUUCAAAGACCAGAAGCAAGAAAGACUUUAUUUGGCGGAUCAGGUGUUGUUCCUGAUAUUCCAUCACUUCAGAGAUGGCUUGAGAUAGCUUGGGAAAGUGGAUUUGAUGUACAUGGUGCAGAACAGUUUAAUUACAAAAUUUAUGGCAGAAGAAAUUGGAUUGGAACUACUGAAUGUGCUGCCCUUUUACGAUACUUUGGGCUUCAGGCAAGGAUAGUUGAUUUUGGUCCUAAGGAGUGCGAGACACAUUAUCUCUCAGUCCCUGGUUCAAGUAAUGGGGCACAAAUGGUUAACUUAAUUGAUGCAAAUAAGAGAAAAGCAGUUAAGGUUUAUGGGCCUAUGGAUAGGUAUCUUGUCAGUAGCAGUGAUAAUCUUCCGCAAACUGGUUCUAGUGAGCAUGAAAAGUCCAAAUAUUUUAAAAUCUCUCCAAGUGUCGUAAAAAAUAAGUCCACACAAAAAGGGAAAGAUCAUCAGAUUCUGGUUGAUUGGGUAUGGAAUUACUUCUCUGAUGGAGGGGUACGCAAAUAUGGUCACCAGCACGUUAUUAUUAGUGAAAAAUCGCCAUUGUUCUUUCAGCAUGAUGGACAUUCAAGGACCAUCGUGGGGAUUCAAGUUAAGCAUCAGCGUAAUGGAGUGCAGCAAUACAAUCUUCUGAUUUUGGACCCAGCUCAUAGUACAAAAGGCCUUGAAAGAUCCCUUAGAGGAAAUAUUGGAUGGCAGAAACAAAUAAAAAGAGGAAUUCAUACGCUAAAUAAGCCACAAUACCAGUUGUGUUAUAUUGAUCCGGGAAUUGCUGCUGGGGUGAAUCUGGAAUUGCUGAAGACAAUUGAUAGCAUGUUUCUCGAGCUUUAAAUGAACGUGUUGAACUACUUUAUUCUCUGAGACACAACUCAUUGAUGUGUUUAAGCUCAGAAAGCUUCCUUUUGUAAGAACCUAUUACCAGAUUUACCUGAUAAUAUUAAGCAAAAUUUCCAAUGACUUGAGCA